AGAAGGGGCCCUGACACAAACCCUGCGGGGAUUCCAGGCUCGGGGGGCUCAGCUUCUGCCUCCUUGGCCCCAUCCAUCCAUGACCGUGGUGAAGUCCAUCGAGCUGGUGAUCCCAAACGAUGUGUACAUCUCUGGCUCCACUGUGGAAGGACAAUUGGUUCUGAGCCUCCACAACACGCUGGUGGACCCUCUGCUGAAGGUUGAAUUGAUCGGAAGGGGCUACUUGGAGUGGAUCGAAGAGGACAACGUAUACAAGGACUACAGCCGGCCUGCAACCUGUGUCAACAAGGCAGAUUAUGUCCAGAAAUCAAAAACAUUCAAAGUCAAAGGGAACUGGUUGGGCCCAGGUGUCCACACUUUUGACUUCCACUUCGUCUUGCCUCCCAGGAUCCCCUCGACUUUCAGCAGCCGGAUUGGGCGUGUCUCCUACUUCCUGCAAGCUCUUUGCGCCACCCGGGAGCUCAUCUUAGGGAAACAGACGAAAUAUCUGCUGGUCCAAGGGACCUCCAUCUUCCACCAAGACGACGUGGAAUCCGAGAGCCCCUUGGAGGUAGAAGUCGAGAAGGUCCUCAGCUAUAACUGCUGCUUCAAGAGCGCCCCCAUCUCCUUGCAUAUCUCUCUGAACAAGAACGUCUUUGCGCCCGGCGACAACAUCACCUUCACCACCCAGAUCAUCAACCCGACGGGCAAAUCCAUCAAGAAGGUGAUCUUCACCCUCCUCUCCGUCGUCCUCUACAAGGGGGUCAACCUCAAGGCUGAGAACCGCACGCUGGAAGUGCGCGACGAAAUCGCACGGCUGGAGUCGCACAUCAACAGGGGGUCCUGCGCGAUUGCCAGGAUCCACAGUGUCCUCUCGUUGCCUAAGGUCAUGCCCGUCACCAGCUCUCCAAAGAUGGAGGGCAUCAUGGACAUUGCCUACGAGCUUACAGGGGCCAUUUAUUUCCCCUGGUGUAUGAACUCUGUGGUGGCUAAGAUUCCCAUCGUCGUAAGAUAUGAAGCUGUGAUCCCUGAUGAAUAGAAGAAUGCAGGGUGCCCUCCGCCCCGCUUUAUCCAGAAAUGUUCUUAGUUUUCAAACGGGUCUGGGGUAUAAAGUUAUAGAAGUACACAUCCA